AUGUUCCCGACGCUAGCCCGGUUUUCGAAAGCUUCACGACGUGCCCUGACACCAAAGCGUGGUAACAAGGACUUCUACAAGGGCACCCGACAGGCGUUCCUCCCUGGUGGUCAUCGUACUGGCGCGCCAGGAAAACACGUCGUCGCCGGAAAGGCUAAGUAUCGUCUUAUCGACGAGAAAGUGCGCUUCUUCGUUGCGCCCCCUGUGGAGGAGAUCAACAACUCUUUGCUGAAGCCAUACGUGGACCUUAGUGUGAAGCUGACGACAGCACAGAAGAGAGAGGUUCUCGGCAAACUUCCGAGGGGUGGUCUGACGGGGGAGCAUUACUUCGCGAAGGCCCCGCGGACAGAUGCUCCAGAAACCCCAUGA